AUGUACAAUUUACCAAAUGGAUAUUCGAAAAUUUCUGACCACAAAAAAAGGCCUAGAUCAGAUGAUAAAGGCGAGGCUAGUGUCAGUAGUUCUAAUGCUGAGCAGACCUCCUCUAGCACACAAUCCCUUUAUUCCCAAGAGUGCGAUGAUUUGGGCGAUGAUGUGGGCGAUGAUUUGGGCGAUUAUAUGGAAUCACUUCACAUAAAAGAGUCAAAAAAAUAUAGUUUACUUACUUGUCCAUAUGUACCAUUUAAAAAUUACGAUUUUAAAAAAGAUGCUACUGGAAAGAAACGUUUUUUUCAACGAGGCUGGUUAAAAGUGUAUGAAUGGAUGGUUUAUUCUAAAAAAUUAAAAGGUGCACUUUGCAAACAUUGUGUCCUUUUUAGCCCAAAUGUUAAAAGAGGAGUUAAAGGAGCUUUUGUUAUAAAAGAAUUAACAGCCUACAAGCAUUUACACGAAGCUGCAAGGAAGCACAUUGAAUCCGAAUGGCACCGUCACUCUAUUCUUACUAGUAUGGAUUUUAUAAGAAUUGCAUAUGGAAAUAAACCCACAGUUAGCGAACUUCUAAAUAAUCAAGAAAGGGAUAUAAUUGAACAAAAUAGAAAAAAACUGUCACCAAUAAUUUCCACAAUUUUACUUUGUGGGAAACGGGAUAUUGCUUUAAGAGGCUUCUCAAAUUUAGGGUUGAAAGUGGCGACAAAAUUAUAG